UUUGUUAUUUCUUUAAAGUAGUUAAAAGUUAUAAAAAUAAGUUACAAAGUUUAGUUACAAAGUUAAGUUAAAAGUUAAGUCCCCAGAGAACGCUGCUGCCCAUUUGCAAAGAAGAGCUAUUAACCUCUUGUAAAAAAAACGCGGGUAUAAUCUCGAUAUGGCAGCAUGCGACUUAUACUUCGUAUUCCUAAUAUUUGCGGCUCAUAAAUUGACUGACGCUGUGAAGUUAAACCAACCGCGAGUGUUGCUUCCCAUUUUCAACGACAAACCCGUCAACUUAACUUUGGAGGUGGACGAACGAAAUUGCUACAAAUGGACAUCUUCCCGUCAAGACCUUAUAUCUGUGCAACCGGUGUAUCAUGGCUUCAGCGAAUGCGCCUACGAGGCAGUGGUCACAGUGCGGACCCGCGAGCGACGCCGCAACACGGCCAUCGUGUUUGCAGAGGAAGUGCAGACCGGUGCCAUGCUGCGCUGCGACGUAAUAGUGGACAAAAUUAGCAGUCUGAACGUGUGGACUGCCACACGGCAGCUCUACCUGGAGGAGGCGCCAGCGAUCUUCGAGCUGCACGCCUUCGAUUCUCAGGGCAACGAGUUCUUCACCCUCGAGGGAAUCGAGUUCAACUGGGACAUCUCGGAGCAUGACAGCAAGAAGCCGCCCGCAAUGCGGUUCCUCACCAUCUCGAAAAGCCCCUACCACACUGUGCCCCCCGCCCUCGAGAAGUUCGAAGCCGCUGGCAUCAAGGGCUACAUGAUCCUGCUGGAGGGUAUCAAUACGGGCACUUCAAAGAUAACAAUCACAAUGCCCUAUGCCGAGUACAGCAAUGUGAAGCCCCUGGAAAUAUAUAUCAGUGUACUGGCCAAUAUCAUUAUCGAGCCUUCCGAGGUUACGAUCCUGAAAAAAGACUCCAUUAGCUUCCGCAUUCUCCAGCUGAAGAUGGACAAGCCGCAUGAUAUUACGAAGAGCAACCAGUACUUCCUCGAAGUGGAGGAUGCCACAGUGGCCAGCUUAAUGGGCAACACUGCAACCGAUAAGAACACCAAGGGCCCCAGUGCCCUGUUGACAGUGGCAGAGCCCAAUAAGCUGGGCAUCAGCCUCCUGCCUCACAACUGGGUGACGGUGGAGGGCGAGCGGCACGAGGUGGCCUUCGACCUAUACUCUCCAGAUGGCCAGAAGGUUAAUAAUGAUAUUGGCCAGUACACUGAUAUAUAUUUCCAGGGGCUUCACACGUGCCGACGCCUCUCACCAUUUGUAGCAAUUUCGUUCGUCCACCUCCAAAGUGAAGUUGACGGGUUUGUCGUUGAAAAUAGGAAGCAACACUCGCGGUUGGUUUAACUUCACAGCGUCAGUCAAUUUAUGAGCCGCAAAUAUUAGGAAUACGAAGUAUUAGUCGCAUGCUGCCAUAUCGAGAUUAUACCCGCUUUUUUUUACAAGAGGUUAAUAGCUCUUCUUUGCAAAUGGGCAGCAGCGUUCUCUGGGGACUUAACUUUGUAACUAAACUUUGUAACUUAUUUUUAUAACUUUUAACUACUUUAAGGAAAUAACAAAAACACGCGCAGUUUUCAUAAAUUAAAAUGCCAGGGAUGUGAUGUUCAGUGUGACCGAUUUAUCGAAAUAUACCGUCCGACCCUGAGAAAUAUACCGUAAAUAUACUGACGAAUUCAAGUUCUUUAUACAUAUUCCUCGUUUUUUAUAUUCCGUCGAAUAUUUCUAGCUAGAUAGAUCUCUCAGCUCUGCCCACAUAAUUGUAUCCAAUUAAUGAACCUAUUUUCUAAUUAACUGGUUUAUUUUAAAUACUUGCUUUUAUUGGACUUAGCAUAAAAAAGGCCAACAAAAAAACGUAAGAGAAUAAUAAUAAAGAGAAUAACCUGUUGCACAAUUUUGAUAUUCCAUUCCUGAAACCGUCAGCCCUCGCUAGACUUAUAAGUUAAUUUAGCGGUAAACGGAACGAAUCCGCAUUAUUUCAAAAUAUCCAUACAGAGCCAAUAGUUUAAUCAUUAGAGUCAAAUUAAACCCUUUUCAUGUUAUUUAUCCCAUAGAACAUGUAACCAGCGAUGGCAAUAAAAUACAUGCAAUUUACAAUUUA